CUAAUGCGCGUGAGGUGCACGUGAAAUAUGCAUAUGCUUGGACAAUGUGGAGCUACUAUAUAUAUGAUGAUGAAAUGAAACUAUGUUGUGCUCGAAAAUAACGAAACACUAGGAACAAAACAUGAACAACGAUACGUCAUCAAAACGAUCAGAAUCCCAAUACUAUGACGACGACGACGACGAUAAGAGUUCGUCGGUGCUGAUUCCGGGAUUGCCGGACCACUUGGCACAGCAAUGUCUUUCCGCCGUCCCGCCCUCCCUUCUCUACGGCGUUUGCCGCUCGUGGCGCCGCUUCAUCUACUCCCCUUCUUUCCCUCCCUUCUACUGUCUCUACGCUCUGCUCUCUCCUUCUUCAUCAAUGGCGGCCUCCCUGUCGUCUUCAUCGUCGAUCGGUAAGCCAGAAGGUCCGCCGAGUUCGAUUGAAUUCUUGUGUCUAGACCCCGUUUCGUCGAAGUGGAGCCAACUCCCAAGCCCGCCGCCGGAACCGCCUCUGCGAAUCCUCCACCGCCACCCUUCCUUUAUUUCUAGAACCCUCACUGUCCAGUCAUUAGCCGUCUCCGGCCGGCUUCUCCUCGUCGCCGGCACCACGCACAACUUCCUUCCCGCUCUCGGCCGUCCAUUGUGCUUUGAUCCGUCUACAGGCGAGUGGUUUUCCGGCCCUCCGUUCACCGCCCCUCGCCGCUGGUGCGCCACCGGCUCCGUCCACGGCCAAGUCUACGUCGCGAGCGGCGUCGGCUCCGGGUAUCAGGGUGACGUGGCGAGGGCGCUGGAGAAAUGGGACGUUGAACAGAAACCCGCCGACUGGAAAUGGGAAAAACUGUCUUCCCUGAAUAAUGGGCGGUUUUGUCGGGAAGCGGUUGAAGGCGUAGGGUAUAAAGGUAAAUUGUGCAUGGUAAAUAUAAAAGGAAACGCGGUAAAAGAAGGCGCCGUUUACGAUGUGACGGCGGACCAGUGGGAGAAAAUGCCGAGAGGAAUGCUCGCCGGGUGGAACGGGCCGGCGGCGGGGGACGGAGAUGAUGAGAUUUACAUGGUGGAUGAAUCAAUAGGUUCGUUGAGCAGGUAUAAGGCGGAAGAUGACAGUUGGGAGGAGGUGAUUCAGUCGUCGGAGUAUCUGAAGGGCGCGGAGAGGAUUGCGGUGGAGAGAGGCAAAGUUUGCACCGUGUCUGGCCGUGGACGGUGGGUCACGGUGGUGGACGUGGCGGCGCAGCCGGCUCGGAUUUGGGUUGUGAAUCCGCCGCCGGAGAUGGAGUUCAUUGCCGUUCAUAUAUUGCCAAGGAUGAAGAGUGUAGAAAACUAAAAUAUCCUCCAUUGAGUAGAAAAUGUUUAAUGUUUAAUUAGUUAUUUUAUUUUGAAAUUUUAAAGAUAUUUUUCAAAAUCUAGCGGCCAGUUAGGUAUAUAUUAUAGGGCCUAAUUAUAGGUGGCAGUAUGGGGUGGAAUCCCGAAUCCCACUAGAA